AUUGUUCCUCAGACAAUAAGCAACAAGCAGAGUUUAGAAUGUGUACACACGCUAAUAAAAGCUGGAUUUGGUUGUAUAGCAUAUUUGAGGGGUCUUCUACCCGCCGAGAACUUCGGUGAAUAUCGACUUUCGUCUCAAAACAAUGGACGAGCCUCUUCUUCCUCUGGUUCUUUCUCUUCAGACGGAACUACCGGACUGAACAUCAGCGGUUUCAAGUUUAUGACCCUCAACCGAGGUUUCACUAAUGAAGGGGAUCGUAUAAUUGACUACCUGGAGAACGGCAUAUUUGAAGCCAUAGACAAGCAAUACCUCCGGAAAGUUAUAUUCGGCAUCUACUUGGACAGCAAAGAUCCCAAUAACAUUGUGGAGGCUUACACCUUCAAUUUUCAGUACCACAAGCUGCCUGGAAGCCACACCGCCAUACCGAUCAUGACUCUUGGAGAUCAAUUGUCGAAGAUGUCUCUUGCGCGCCCAGAUCCUGUUUCUGACGCUCUCAAGAAAGGGAAGCUGCCAACUCUUGGGGAGGUUAAAAGGAAAAACCGUUACGGAAAUUUCAAGUUAUUCUUCAACGAAGAUGCCCCAGAUGACUAUCAGCCCCCUCAUUUCCAGGCGGCAGAUGCCGAAGCUAACAAAUGGUUUUUUACCACCCAUGUGGCGAAUGAAGUGCCAGAACGAACGAGUAUCGGCCAAGUGAACGCAGGAUGGCAUGGCCUCGACAUGAAAGUGGUCUCAGUAUCAUCGUAUCUUCCUUCUAUAUCAGAAGACAACAAUGCGCCAUUCGCAGGUAUCACGUCUCACACAGCCCCGAGGUUGACUCCAGUUGAAGAGGCAAGAAUCAGAGUAGAGGACGCACAGUUGCAGAAGAAAGAUGCGUUGGAACGCAACAUCGUCUGGAGCGCAGACGAAGACGAGGAUGCCGAAGGUGAAAUGGUAAUCGACGAAGGCAUUGUUUUGUGCAGGUUCGGUGGUGAUGUAGUCAUGACCCCCGUCGGUAUACGCAACGAAGAUGGAGGGGUUCAACCAUUCCCUCAAGUCAAUGAUACUUCGUCGCGCGCUCAUGUCCAGUAUGGCGGUAUAUCGGAGUCGACCCCGAUAUGCGUCGGAGACUUGAACAUUAAAAAGGCCGCUCAUGACAUUGAGGAAACACAGCAGAUCCCAGCUACUCAGGAGAUUGUUAUGGGGUCGCCGAUACUCGCUCCUUCACCGAACAAGGCCCCAUCCUUGCCUCCUUCUGAUGUUGCCUUUUCCGCUUCGGCUAUUUCAACUCAAGAGGUUGAUACUCAGUACCUCCAGGAUCUACUUGGAAUGAGGAAUGGUGUGUCGACUGCACCUGAUUUAGAGAUGUUAGAUAUGGAGACGCAGGUCCUGGAAGCGUCUGGACCAUCCUGCAAUCUAGGUACCACUGGUCCGCAGAUCCCUCGUAACAACCGUUCCAAGGGCUCCAAGCAGUUGAUAGAUGAAGGCCAACUUGGCUGUGACUGUGGGAUAUCGGUGCGUACGCAGCGAAAUGGAAAGAAACACAAAUUGACGAUGCUUCUCUACUGUGUGAAGGUGGUUGCAACCGUUGGUUUCACAUAUCACGGUGCACAAGACAAGCGUCUCCCUGCUGAAUUUAUUUGCUUUGAUUGCCGUCUCCGCGGCUCCCACGAGUGGGACAUUAUCGCGGGGAAGAUUCAUGAUGAUAUCAUUGCCCGAUACAAAGACCUAGCCCUUUUCAGGAGGGCUAUUAAAAUUUAUGAAGUGUAUCAGCCAUCUUCGGCGUCGCUAUUCAGGGUGCACACUGGGUGCGACACUGCACUGGUUGGUCAGCUUCUGACGAGGCUAGAAGAGGAAGGCUUUAUUGCGGUUGAAAGUAUCGUCUCUGAUGAGUUGGGUACUGGUGUUACCCGCUCCCAUGCGAAAAAGGGCAAGAAAGGCGUUAAAUCCAAAAAGCAGAAGGAGCUUCAAAAAACCAAAUAUGUCUUCCUCACCAAGGCGAAACGAUCCAAGGCUUAUGCAGAUUACUUCAACCCACUCACCGAGGUCGAGAAUCGCCUUAUGGGCCUAUCUGAUACGGUCAGAGCUAUCAAUCAUUACGUGUUACGUUGCUAA